CCAAAUCCAUAUUCAAAAAAAAAAGCUCAAACAAAAAAAAUGUCUCUUCUUGGUUCUGUCUUUCUCUUCUGUCUCCUUUCUCUUUCAAGAUCAUGCUGCUUUGCGAUUCGUAACCAGAGGAACGCCCAGAGAAACACGGAGCUGAAGUUUCUGAGCAAGAUCGGUGUCAACUAUGGCAGACAAGGAAACAACCUCCCAUCUCCUUACCAAUCCAUCAACCUCAUCAAAUCCGUCAAAGCUGGUCACGUCAAGCUCUACGACGCAGACCCUGAAACCCUAACCCUACUCUCUCAGACCAAUCUUUACGUCACCAUCAUGGUCCCUAACCACCAGGUCAUCUCCAUCGGCUCCGAUCAGACCGCCGCCGACAACUGGGUCAAGACCAACGUCUUGCCUUAUUACCCUCAGACCCUUAUCCGAUUCGUCCUCGUCGGGAACGAGGUCCUGAGCUACAGCACCGAUCAGGACAGAGAGGUGUGGAGAAACCUCGUCCCCGCCAUGCGGAAGCUUGUCAACUCGCUUAGGGCACAAGGGAUUCGUAACAUUAAGGUCGGUACUCCUCUCGCCAUGGACGUUCUUCAGUCGACGUUUCCUCCGUCCAGUGGAACUUUCCGGGAAGAUAUCGCCGGUCCGGUGAUGUUACCGUUGCUCAAGUUCCUCAAUGGCACGAAUUCCUUCUUCUUCAUCGAUGCCUAUCCGUACUUUCCUUGGUCGAGCGAUCCGGUUAACACCGGUUUGGAUUUCGCUCUUUUCGAAGGGAACACCACUUAUACCGACCCGAAAACCGGUCUGGUUUACACCAAUUUGCUUGACCAGAUGCUCGAUUCGGUUAUCUCCGCGAUGUCUAGCCUCGGGUACCCAGAUAUUCGUCUCGCGAUCUCGGAAACCGGGUGGCCUAAUUCGGGUGAUAUCGACGAAAUCGGAGCCAGUGUUCAUAACGCGGCGACGUAUAACCGGAAUCUGAUCAAGAGAAUGACAGCUAACCCGCCGGUCGGUACACCGGCUAGGCCCGGUUUAUCCAUACCGACGUUCGUGUUCUCCCUGUUUGACGAAAACCGGAAACCUGGUCCAGGAACCGAGAGGCACUGGGGAAUCCUACGUCCGAGCGGUACACCGGUCUAUGAAGUUGACUUUACCGGUAAGAAACAGGUUUCCGGUUACGGUCCAUUGCCUGCGCCGGACAACAACGUUCCGUACAAGGGCAACGUCUGGUGCGUGGCCAACGAAGGGGCUGACAUGGCGGCGCUAGGAGAGGCGUUGAGGUUUGCUUGCGGCAGAAGCAAUGACACGUGUCAGGCUUUGGCGCCGGGGAGGGAAUGUUACGAGCCGGUAUCGGUUACUUGGCACGCAAGUUACGCGUUUAGCUCGUACUGGGCUCAGUUCAGGAGCCAGAACGCAAGGUGUUACUUCGAUGGCCUGGCGCGUGAGACCACGACCAACCCCGGAAAUGACCGCUGCAAGUUCCCGAGUGUUACUCUGUGAAGAUUUCUUCUUUGAAGAUGACGGGAGCUGAAUUAGUCUAAGUCAAAUAUAUAUAUAUAUAUAUAUAUAUAUAUAUAUAUAUAUAUAUUCUUAAUGACUGUUGCCCUUUUUAAAGUUAUUUGUUUUGCAAUGUGAAAGAGAUUAUAAUAAUUCGUGAAAUUUUA